UCUCUUGUCUAAGGUGCAUCUCCAGGACUUCCUUUCCUUAUUCAAAGGAUGAUGCCACAUCUUCUUCCCUGGUGAGAACCUGAGGACAGAGUCUCUCCGACCACCAUGAGUGUCACCCCAGAGGUCAAGAGUCGUGGGAUGAAGUUUGCUGAAAAGCAGCUGCUAAAAUAUGGAUGGACUCAAGGUGUUCUAGGGCCUCUUCCAUAUCCUCCCAAUCCCCUCUUUUCCUCUGCCCUAUGUCAGUUCAACCAGCGGAGAAACUAAAGAGAAAGCUUUAGAAGCAUGAAUUUUCUGCUCUAUCUGGAAAAGGGAAGAAUGGGCAAGGGCCUGGGCCGGAGAGAGAAUGGCAUCACUCAGGCCCUCAAGGUGACACUGAAGCAAGAUACCCAUGGGGUAGGACACGACCCUGCCAAGGAGUUUACAAACCACUGGUGGAGUGAUCUCUUCAACAAGACUGCAGCCAGCUUGGUAGUGGACUCAGGGAAGGAUGGAGUGCAGAUAAGGCGCCUUUCCAAGGAGACCACCCAGCGUAACCACCCCAAGCCCAAUUUGCUGUAUCAGAAGUUUGUGAAGAUUGAGAUUAUACAUAAGCACCUUCUAGAAAUCACUCCCAAAUCCUGGCCUGAGUUAUCUGUUGGAAAGACAGCCACACUAACCUCAGGCGAAGAGAAGCCGGACAGAGACUCAGAGAACAGCAGUGAUGAUGACGACCGUGAGCCCACGCCUCCAAAGAUUCUGACCGAUGAGAUGCUACUCAAAGCUUGUGAGGGGCGAACUGCACACAAGGCUGCUCGGGCUGGAAUCACAAUGAAGGCUAAGCUUGCUCGCCUGGAGGCCCAAGAGCAGGCCUUCCUGGCUCGGCUCAAAGGCGCAAAGGAUGUGGGAACCCCUCAACCACAGACUGACAGGGAGCCCUCCAAAAACAAGGAAAAGAAGAGGAAGCAGAAGGAGGAGGAAGAGGCUGCAACAACUGAAAAGAAUGUAGCUGAGGAGCUUCUAGAACACACUGACCAGAGCGUUAGGAAAAGCAAGAAGAAGAAAAGGAGGCGGAAAGAUGAGAGAGAGGGAAAGGCUGGAGGAAGUGGGGAGGAAGAGGCUGAAGGAGCAAGUGGGCCUGCAGAACUGAGCACAGAGCAAUCGGAUCAGUCUCCCAGGAAAAGGAAGAAAAAGAGGAGGCAGCACCCGGAAGAGGGGAAGAUGGAAGUCUGUGAUAAAGGAGGCCGAGAUGUGCGAGGCAGGCCAAAGGCAGCGGACAGUGGAGCAGGCACACACCCAUGGAGAAGCAGCAAGAAGCCAUGGCAGUGUGGGGAGGACUUGGACACCCAAGACGAAGAAGGGAAGGAUGGCCUAACAGGAGGAGAGAGAAAGGUCAGACGAGGCAAGAAGAAAAGACAGCGGUGUCGUGAGGAGGUGGUCUUGGAUGUAAGCAGUAAGGAUGAUGAUGGCAGGACUUGGGAGGUUGAGGAUGAAGUCGAGAGAAGCCAGCCACACCCAAAGGAGAGAGCCAAAAAGAAGAAGCGGAAGAGGGACUGAAGGCCUGCAGUGUAGCUCUGCUGACUCCUUUUCAGGGUUGGCCUGGGUUUGGGCAGGGUUUCUCCAUCCCCUCUGCAAGUGGCUCAGGAGCACCGGUCUGCUGAGGAGAGCAAAGCAUUCAGUGCUGGCUGAGGGGGUGGACGUCCCCUGUACAACUGCCUGUCCAAAAAAUAUAAACCCUGCUGUGCCUAGCAGAGGAGUGUUCAUUUGAAGAAGUGUCUGCUAAGUCUGAAAGUGUAGACUUAUGUGAAAAGACUUUUUUUUUUUUUUUGAGACAGGAUUUCUCUAAUAUAGCUCUAAGUUAUACAGAGAUCCACCUGCCUGUACCUCAAGAGUGCUGGAAUAAAAGGCCUGUAUUACCAUA